GCGAAGAGAGAGAGAAGAGAGAAAGAGAGAGAGAGAAAUACCGUGUGUGUGCCUGGAAAGUGUGAUGCUUUUAGUCCUGUGUGGAAUGACAGAGAGCUUUAUCGCAGAAACCCCCUAAAGUGCUUUAUCUGAGGAGGACAACUACUGCCUUCUUCCCUUUGUUUUGGCCAACCUCUACUUCCUCCACCUACUCCCUUUUCUCUCAAUCCAUCUCUUCCCCAAUUCAGUCUUUUUUCUCUCUUUCAUUCUUCAGUCCCUCCCUUCUGUCCAAGGCUCUCUGUUUCCAUAUCUCCUCCCCCGUCUUCUAUCUCUCUGUCUCCUGCCGUCCGGUCUGUCGCGUGUCCCAUAUAGACCUUGCUCUUUAUGGCUGAGUGAAGUGACCAGCCAGGGACUCUGGUGGAGUGAGUGACCAGCCAGGGACUGUGGAGGACUUUCCGGGGGAGUCAGGAUGGCGGUGAACUUUUCGGAGGUUUGGGGUCGGGUAAAGAAUGUGUGUGCGCAGAAUGGGCUCCUCAUCCUGUCUGUGUUGGCCGUUGUCAUCGGCUGCAUGAUGGGGUUCCACCUGCGGGGCAAGCAGCUCUCAGACCAGGAGGUGAAGUAUUUCCAGUUUCCUGGAGAGCUCCUGAUGAGGAUGUUAAAGAUGCUCAUUCUUCCCCUUGUCGUCUCCAGUUUGAUGUCGGGGCUGGCAGCCCUGGAUGCCAAGUGUUCCAGCCGCCUUGGUAUCAUGACCGUCUCCUACUAUCUGUGGACCACCUUCGUGGCGGUGGUGGUGGGCAUCCUCAUGGUUACCAUCAUCCACCCCGGUGGCGCCGCCCAGAAGGAGGACAACGAGGACAGCGGCAAGCCAAUCAUGAGCUCCGCUGAUGCCCUGCUUGAUCUGAUUCGCAACAUGUUCCCAGCCAACUUGGUCCAGGCAACUUUCCAACAGUACCGUACCAGGAGCAUCCCCAUCAUGAAGACCCCUCCACCCACGGUGACAGCCACCCUGAUGGAGAGCACCACCCGAAGGGUCUAUAUCUACGGUGUCCAAGACGACAACGGAACAGACAUCCAGAACUUCUCCCUGGACCUGACGCCACCGCCAGACAUCCAGAUGCGCACGCUGCCCGGGACCAGUGACGGCAUGAACGUCCUGGGGAUCGUCAUCUUCUCCGCCACAAUGGGUAUCAUGCUGGGUAGAAUGGGGCCUAAUGGCAGCGCCCUGGUCAACUUCUGUCAGAGUUUAAACGAGGCUGUCCUGAAGAUUGUCGCCAUAGUGAUCUGGUACUUCCCGUUCGGCAUCGUGUUCCUGGUGGCCGGUAAGAUCCUAGAGAUGGAUGACCCGUCAGCCAUGGGGAAGAAGCUGGGUUUCUAUGCCAUCACCGUGGUGAUGGGCCUGAUCCUCCAUGGUCUCUUCAUCCUCCCGGCCAUGUACUUCUUCAUCACCAAGAAGAGCCCCAUCGUCUACAUCAGGGGCAUCCUGCAGGCCCUGCUCAUCUCCCUGGCAACCUCCUCCAGCUCGGCCACGCUGCCCAUCACUUUCAAGUGCCUCCUGGAGAACAACCACAUCGACCGACGCAUCAUCCGCUUCGUGCUCCCCGUGGGCGCCACCAUCAACAUGGACGGGACAGCGCUCUACGAGGCCGUGGCAGCCAUCUUCAUCGCCCAGGUCAACAACUACGAGCUAGACUUCGGCCAGAUCAUAACCAUCAGUAUCACAGCUACGGCUGCCAGUAUUGGUGCAGCUGGAAUCCCGCAGGCCGGAUUGGUCACCAUGGUGAUAGUGUUAACCUCGGUGGGCCUGCCCACUGAUGACAUCACUCUCAUCAUCGCUGUAGAUUGGGCGUUGGACCGUUUCAGGACCAUGGUCAACGUGAUGGGAGAUGCCCUGGCCACGGGGAUCAUGGCUCACAUCUGUAGAAAAGACUUUGUCAAGGAAGGAGAGCAGGUGCCUCUGAUCUGUGAGACCAAGCCCAUGAUCAGCAUCCAGCAAAUGAUGACGUACCAGAAGAACGGUGGGUACCAGCACCCUCCCUGUGGACCAGAGGGCCCAGACGUGGCUCGUCUGAUGCAGCUGGAGGAGGGGGUACGGCCGGAGCAUAGGAAGAGGAAUCCCCACGCUCCCCAACACAAGAGGGAGCACAAGGACAAGGACCACUGCUCCAUCGACAUGAAUGGCCUGGAGACUAACGUAUAGAGGGAGCCAGUCAUCAGCACCACAGCAACCGGCUGCGUCCUGAUUCUCCACACUUCUCUAGAAGUGUGCACAUGCAUACUCUCCGUCAUGGCUCUAACAAUGGUGGACCUAACAAUGGUUGCUCUAACAAUGGUGGACCUAACAACUCCAUCCAGCCAAUGGUUGGUUACACCAAUUCAAUGUUUUUAACACCAUGACAAGGAGUGGGAAAGUGCAUACUUUGGAAAAAGGGUGGACAAUCAGAAAGCAGCCAAGAUUAUAGCUACAGGCAAGAGGAAGGGACUGACUGACUAACUGCAACAGAUGCAGGACAGAGGAUCCAAAAAGAAAAUAUGAUUUUCUACAUUAUUUAUAUUACGACCCAGUAUGAUUGUGCAUGUGUGUGUAUGUAUUUAUCACAGUUGUUACACGCCAGCAGAAUGAUGUGCUGGGAAACAUUUUAUAUGAGAGCAGGCAUUCUAUACGAUGAGAAGACAUUCUAUAUGAUAGGAGACAUUCUAUAUGAUGAGGAGACAUUCUAUAUGACAAGGAGACAUUCUAUAUGAUGAGGAAACAUUCCAUGUGACAAUGACACAUUCUAUAUGACAAGGGGACAUUCUAUAUGAUGAGGAGACAUUCCAUGUGGCAAUGAGACAUUCUAUAUGACAAAGAGACAUUCUAUAUGAUGAGGAGACAUUCCGUGUGGCAAUGAGACAUUCUAUAUGACAAGGGGACAUUCUAUAUGACAAGGAGACAUUCCAUGUGGCAAUGAGACAUUCUAUAUGACAAGGGGACAUUCUAUAUGACAAGGGGACAUUCUAUAUGAUAAGCAGACAUUCUAUAUGAUGAGGAUACAUUCUAUAUGACAAGGAGAUAUUCUAUAUGAAUAGCAGACCUUAUGUAUGUUGAAGACACUUUUUAUGUGACAAGGAGCCUUCUAUAUGAUGAGGAGAAAUUCUAAAUGACAAGGAGACAUUCUAAAUGACAAGGAGACAUUCUAUAUGACAAGGGGACAUUCUAUAUGACAAGGAGACAUUCUAUAUGAUAAGCAGACAUUCUAUAUGAUGAGGAUACAUUCCAUGUGACAAUGACACAUUCUAUAUGACAAGGGACAUUCUAUAUGACAAGGGGACAUUCUAUAUGACAAGGGGACAUUCUAUAUGACAAGGGGACAUUCUAUAUGACGAGGAGACAUUCUAUAUGAUGAGGAUACAUUCCAUGUGACAAUGACACAUUCUAUAUGACAAGGGACAUUCUAUAUGACAAGGAGACAUUCUAUAUGAUGAGGAGACAUUCUAUAUGACAAGGAGACAUUCUAUAUGACAAGGGGACAUUCUAUAUGACAAGGAGACAUUCUAUAUGAUAAGCAGACAUUCUAUAUGAUGAGGAUACAUUCCAUGUGACAAUGACACAUUCUAUAUGACAAGGGACAUUCUAUAUGACAAGGAGACAUUCUAUAUGAUGAGGAGACAUUCUAUAUGACAAGGAGACAUUCUAUAUGACAAGGGGACAUUCUAUAUGACAAGGAGACAUUCUAUAUGACAAGGAGACAUUCUAUAUGAUGAGGAGACAUUCUAUAUGACAAGGGGACAUUCUAUAUGACAAGGGGACAUUCUAUAUGACAAGGGACAUUCUAUAUGACAAGGAGACAUUCUAUAUGAUGAGGAGACAUUCUAUAUGACAAGGGGACAUUCUAUAUGACAAGGGGACAUUCUAUAUGAUAAGCAGACAUUCUAUAUGAUGAGGAUACAUUCUAUAUGACAAGGAGAUAUUCUAUAUGAAUAGCAGACCUUAUGUAUGUUGAAGACACUUUUUAUGUGACAAGGAGCCUUCUAUAUGAUGAGGAGAAAUUCUAAAUGACAAGGAGACAUUCUAUAUGACGAGGAGACAUUCUAAAUGACAAGGAGACAUUCUAUAUGAUGAGCAGACAUUGUAUAUGAUGAGGAGACAUUCUAAAUGACAAGGAGACAUUCUAUAUGAUGAGCAGACAUUCUAUAGGAUGAAGAGACAUUCCAUAUGAAGAGCAGACAUUCUAAAUGACAAGGAGAUAUUCUGUAUGAUGGGCAGAUAAUAUAUAUGACAAGGAGACAUUCUUGCCGGGGCGGCAGCGUAGCCUAGUAGUUAGAGCGUUGGACUAGUAACCGAAAGGUUAAAAGAUCGAAUCCCCAAGAUGACAAGGUACAAAUCUGUUGUUCUGCUCCUGAACAAAGCAGUUAACCCAUUGUUCCUAGGCCACCAUUGAAAAUAAGAAUUUGCUCUUAACUGACUUGCCUAGUUAAAUAAAGGUAAAAAUAAAUAUGAAGAGCAGACAUUCUAUGUAAUGAGGAGACAUUCUAUAUGAUGAGGAGUCAUUUUAAAUGCCUAGGAGAUAUUCUAUAUGACGAGCAACAUUCUAUAUGACGAGGAGACAUUCUAUAUGACAAGGAGUAUUUCUAUAUGACAAGGAGGCAUUCUAUAUGAUGAGCAGACAUUAUAUAUGUCAAGGAGUAUUUCUAUAUGACAAGGAGACAUUCUAUAUAACAAGGAGUCAUUCUAUAUGACAUUAUAUAUGUCAAGGAGUAUUUCUAUAUGACAAGGAGACAUUCUAUAUAACAAGGAGUCAUUCUAUAUGCCGAGCAGACAUUCUAUAUGCCGAGCAGACAUUCUAUAUGACAAGGAGUAUUUCUAUAUGACAAGGAGGCAUUCUAUAUGAUGAGCAGACAUUAUAUAUGUCAAGGAGUAUUUCUAUAUGACAAGGAGACAUUCUAUAUAACAAGGAGUCAUUCUAUAUGACGAGCUGACAUUCUAUAUGAUGAGGAGACAUUCUAUAUGAUGAGGAAACAUUAUAUUUGAAGAGCAGACAUUCUAUAUGACAAGGAGUAUUUCUAUAUGACAAGGAGACAUUCUAUAUAACAAGGAGUCAUUCUAUAUGACGAGCUGACAUUCUAUAUGAUGAGGAGACAUUCUAUAUGAUGUGGAGACAUUCUAUUUGAAGAGCAGACAUUCUAUAUGACAAUGAGACAUUCUAUAUGACAAUGAGACAUUCUAUAUGACAAGGAGACAUUCUAUAUGAAGAGCACACAUUCUAUACAAUGAGGAGACAUUCUAUAUGACGAGCUGACAUUCUAUAUGAUGAGGAGAAAUUCUAUAUGAUGAGGAGACAUUCUAUUUGAAGAGCACACAUUCUAUACAAUUAGGAGACAUUCUAUAUGACAAGGAGACAUUAUAUAUGAAGAGCAGACAUUCUAUAUGAUGAGGAGAUGUUCUAUAUGAUGAGGAGACAUUCUAUAUAUGAUAUGGAGACAUUCUAUGCAUGAUAUGGAGACAUUCUAUAUAUGAUAUGGAGACAUUCUAUAUGAUGAGACAUUCUAUUCAAUGAGGAGACAUUUUAUAUGAAAAGCAGAUAUUCUAUACGAUGAGGAGACAUUCUAUAUAUGACAAGCAUGCAUUUUAUACGAUGACAUAAGAGAUAAAGAAGAAGAACUGUGGGAAUCUUCAGUCGGGGAUUGAGGAUCUGUGGACAUGUGGAUAAUGACAGGACAGCUAAGCUUGAGCCUUAGCCUUCCAUCUUAGCUCAUCAACACCCUCACAAUGGAUGUGUCAGUCAGUCUGUCUGUCUGUCUGCUAAGCUGAGAGGUGAAUGUGACUGCACUCUCAUUACGCUUGUGGACUAUGGAUAAAUAGGAGUAUUCUUUUUUGAAAAUAUUAUUGAAAUGUUAUUGAAAAAUGUUAUCAUAUUUUGCAUAGUUUUUUUUUCUUGUUGAAUUUUGUAUGUUUUUAUCAUUCAGUUCUUCUCUUUCUGAACAACAUCAUCACACAAACAAAUGUAAUGUUGCCUCAAAACCCCCACACGGGGUUAUGGUCUUUUUAGGCUCAUUGGUUAGUCUUAUAUACCCAGAAGGUUACUCUCACGAUCAUCAUUGGAGGUUAUUCGUAAAACUUUACAGCUAAGGUAAAAUCUAGCUAAGGUCAAAUCUAGCCAAGGUCAAAUCUAGCCAAGGUCAAAUCUAGCUAAGGUCAAAUCUAGCUAAGGUCAAAUCUAGUUAGUUUUUUUAUUUCCGAAUCUGAAACAAAGAGAUACAUGUCUAAUUGUUUUCUGUCAUUGAGAAACGAGUUUACUCUGGUUGUUAUGUUUAGGAAGAACUCUGUUCAUCGAUAUCUAGAACUGCUUUUCAAGACAUUUGUGUUAACACUUAACAGAGAAGGAAUCUACAGAACUCCCAUUCUCUCUGCUCUGCUCUUCUUCCUCAGCAAACUGACCAUAUUGCUUCUCUCUUACUGAUUUCAAUCUUUUGGUACCUUUUCUGGUCAACAUUCCCACCUUAUUUUUUUAUUUGUCUUUUGGUCCCCUUAUAAUCAGGGUAGUACACCUCUGACUCAUAUAUGGUGACUGGCAUCAUGGAGACCAAAUGGCAUCCUAUUCACUAUACAGUGCACUAUACACUGUAGGGAAAAGGGUUCUAUUGCCCAAACUCUAAUGCACUAUAUAGGGAAUAGGAUUCCAUAUGGGACACACACAAUGACAGAAAAAGGUUAAGUAUGUGUCAGAGCCAUACUGCUCCGGUGGGUGUUAGCCCUUAUUCAAAAAUGUCUAGUGUCCAAUUAUUUACACCCAUAGUAUUCCAUCUUUGGCUUAAAGUAAAAAGGAGAAGCAUGUGUGGAGAUAAUACAGUCAUGUACAGUAUGGGGGUACCCAUAAACAUAUGGGGGUACCCCUAAACAUUCAAGGCAAGAGCAGCAAGCUACAACUAAAUAACCACAGGUCAUACUCUGAAUAUAUUUAUGAUAAUAUAUGCUGUAAAUAUAUUUCUUUCAAAAGUGAAAAGGAAUUUGUAGAUUGUAUAAACAAACAGUAUGAUUCAACAGGCGCCAUUAUAUCUCUGUCAUGAAAUUAACAUAAUUAUUCAUUGUUUCAUCUAGUCCAAUUGCACAAAAUGUAACCCUCUUUUCUGUAAAAAAACAAAAAAACUAUUCUAAGGAAACACAAAUACACAUAUUGAACUGUU